GGCCUCCAGUUUCCCCCUCCAAAAGAGAGACCUCUUCCCUGUCAGAGAGUCGCCCCUCGACAUGGCCCUGGCUGCUUUUGAUGACCAGUAUAAAGGCUGUGCAGCCAUGAUGGCGGCGGAGCUGGAGGAGCUGAACCGCACCGAGUUCGCCAACAACCGGGUCUACGCGGAGGCCUGGCAGGAGGCGGCCUCCAGGUGGAACGAGAGGAAAGGCUCUCUCUUGCCGCCCGGAGGCCUCGAGCCGGAAUACGCCAUCGCACUCACGGCCUACACCGUCCAAGGGCGCUUCCACCGGGAUUUCAACGCGGCCGUCAGGGAGGCCGGGCGCACCAGAGACUCUUACCUCAACCACUUCCACUUCAAGACCUUCCAUUUCCUGCUGACCAGGGCCCUUCGUGCUCUGAGGGCCACCACCGAGCCCCGGUGUCAGAAGGUGUACCGUGGGGUCAGAGGGGUCCGCUUCGUCUCGGAACGCCGGAAGCAGGUGCGUUUCGGACACUUCACGUCCUCCUCGCUGAAGAACGAGAGCGCCCUCCAGUUUGGGAAGGACAGCUUCUUCACCAUCGAGACCUGCCACGGGGUCAACAUCAAGAACUUCUCCUUCUUCCCGGGCGAAGAUGAAGUCCUCAUCCCGCCCUUUGAGAUGUUCAAGGUGGUGAACUUCACCAAGGCGCCGGAAACAACCUUCAUCCACCUCCUUUCCCUGGAAGAUUCCAGUGCCUACAACUGUGUUUUCGUGAAAGAAAGAAGGUGCAAAACCCAAAGAUGCCAUUUCAGCACAAGUAAGGGAGCCGCUGGGGAAGGGGAAACGGCACGGUAUCGCCCCAUUCCAUCAGAUCUCAAAAGCUAA